UCUCCCGCGCUUCCUCCUAUACUAUAAACAUCAGCUUCUUUCUCCCCCUCUUAUUUCCAUGGUUUUCAGACUUUUUACUCUCCCGGCUCUUCCCUCUCUCUUCUGCUGAAGAUUGUUGACACUGGCAAGUUGAGGCUUCCCACUUGAUAACAUUUUACAACUUUGAGAAGGGAAAGAUGGACUAUGUUUAUGGACCUGGGAGGAACCAUCUUUUUGUCCCGGGGCCGGUCAAUAUCCCUGAACCGGUCAUUCGGGCAAUGAACAGGAACAACGAGGACUAUCGGUCUCCAGCCAUUCCAGCAAUGACAAAGACUCUUCUUGAGGAUGUUAAGAAGAUAUUCAAGACCACUUCAGGCACUCCAUUUUUGAUCCCUACCACAGGUACUGGGGCAUGGGAGAGUGCACUCACAAACACACUGUCUCCUGGCGAUCGGAUCGUGUCGUUCCUCAUUGGUCAGUUCAGUUUGCUCUGGAUUGAUCAGCAACAACGCCUAAAGUUCGAUGUCGAUGUGAUUGAAAGUGAAUGGGGUCAAGGUGCUAACCUUGAUGUUUUGGCCUCAAAACUUGCAGCUGAUACUGCACAUACUAUCAAGGCAGUUUGCAUUGUUCAUAAUGAGACUGCAACUGGUGUGACUAACAAUUUGUCUCUAGUAAGAAGAAUACUGGAUGAAUACAGACAUCCAGCGCUUUUUCUCGUCGACGGAGUAUCUUCAAUAUGUGCUCUUGAUUUUCGUAUGGAUGAAUGGGGGAUAGAUGUGGCUUUAACCGGGUCUCAGAAAGCACUUUCUCUUCCAACCGGGAUCGGCAUUGUAUGUGCCAGCCCCCGAGCACUUGAGGCAUCUAAAACAGCUAAAUCCCUCAGAGUUUUCUUUGACUGGAAGGACUACCUCAAGUUCUACAACUUGGGAACAUACUGGCCUUACACUCCUUCCAUCCAACUCUUAUAUGGGCUUAGAGCAGCUUUGGAUCUGAUAUUCGAAGAAGGAAUUGAAAACGUCAUUGCGAGGCACAGCCGCUUGGGCCACGCGACAAGGCUUGCUGUGGAGGCAUGGGGUUUGAAAAACUGCACACGGAGGGAGGAAUGGUACAGUGACACUGUGACUGCUGUUCUUGUUCCCCCAUACAUUGACAGUUCAGAAAUUGUUAGAAGGGCUUGGAAGAGAUACAAUAUGAAUUUAGGUCUGGGCCUCAACAAAGUUGCUGGUAAAGUUUUCAGAAUUGGGCACUUGGGCAACCUAAAUGAGUUGCAACUGUUGGGUUGUCUUAUUGGUGUGGAGAUGAUACUGAAGGAUGUUGGGUAUCCAGUCAAGCUUGGAAGUGGGGUUGCAGCAGCUUGUGCAUAUUUGCAGAACAACAUCCCUCUAAUCCCUUCCCGGAUUUGAUCUUGGUCGAACUCGAACUCGAACUCGUGAUUUAUUCUCAUGCCAUUUGCUUUCGCCUACUCUGUAAAGAAAGAACUGUAUUGUAACAUAUAUAUGUUGUCCACUUUCACUCCUUGAGAGGCAUUCAUCAGGAUGAAUGUGUUGGCUGCCUAUGUAUUGAGAAACUUCAGACAUUUUCAACUGGAAAUCUGAUUUGCAUAAACAAUCAAACCCCCAAUCUCUUUUGUUCUGAAUACAAAAUGAAAAUGAAAAUGUUAAUGCUUAUUGUUGUUAA